CAUUACGUUUUUUGUGUGUAGUGUGUGUCAAGAGGACGAAUAUUUUUUCUUCCCCCGCUGAAAUUCGUGAUAUAUUUGCGCAUAUUCGGGACGCUUUGGGAUCAUUUUGUCCGUUCGAUAUGUAGCACAGGUGCCAAGAGAUCCGAGAGUGUUAAAUAUCCUUCCGCAGGUGUAUAAUCGUUAGCGGAAAGAGUGAUUUCAUUUCGAUCGAGUUGUGAAUUCUUUUGUUGUUGAGUGCCACCAGAAGAAAAUUAGAUUAAAGAAAAAAGGAGGAGCGAGAAGAAGACGUUCGUCGUCGUAAAAUAUUCUGCAUCGGAGUUAGGGAAGUGCCUAUGGAUCGGUCGGUAGGUCGGGUCUUAUGUAUGUGGUUCUUAGUGUGACUGCUGGCACCUGCUGCUCGCAGAAUCAAAGGUUAGCUUAUCGCGGGCUACUGCAGGGUCCAAACAUUGUCGCUAUUGAAGUUGGGAAGAAGAUUAAGGUAACAGAGUGUCAAUUGGGAUUGCUCCGUAAGCCAGGAUGGCUGCGCUGAUGGAUGAGGAUCGUCACAAAAGGCUGCUCGCCUUGGAGGAAAAGAUGCGUGAUCCGGGGAGUAUUGCCAACAUCGAUUGUCUAUUGGAUACGGUGACGGCACUGGUGGCGGAUUGUGAUCACGACAAUGUGAAAAUCAUCAAGAACAUAGAAACAUACAUCAAGCGUUACAAGGAUCUGGCUCGUGAAGUUAACGAGCUGCGUAUGAAACCGGAUGAUUUCAUACCGAUCAAGCUGAUUGGUCGUGGUUCUUUUGGUGAAGUCCAACUGGUGCGCCAUAAAACGUCCAAGCAGGUGUACGCAAUGAAAAGGUUGUCCAAGUACGAAAUGAUUACCCGUUCGGAUACAGCUUUUUUCUGGGAAGAGCGCUACAUAAUGGCUCAUGCCAAUUCGGAAUGGAUAGUCCAAUUACACUAUGCUUUUCAAGAUAGCAAAUAUUUGUACAUGGUGAUGGAUUACAUGCCUGGCGGGGACAUUGUUAGUUUGAUGAACAUCUACGAGAUUCCGGAAAAAUGGGCUAUAUUUUAUACGAUGGAAGUCGUAUUGGCGCUGGACACGAUUCACAAUAUGGGUUUCAUUCAUCGGGAUGUCAAACCGGACAAUAUGUUGCUGGAUAAAUAUGGACAUCUGAAACUGGCUGAUUUUGGUACGUGUAUGAGGAUGGGGCCCGAUGGCUUAGUACGCUCGUCAAAUGCUGUUGGAACACCGGAUUACAUUAGCCCAGAAGUGCUACAAUUUCAAGGUGCUCAAGGAGGUUAUGGGCGCGAGUGUGAUUGGUGGUCGGUGGGAAUAUUUCUUUAUGAAAUAUUGAUUGGUGACACACCGUUCUACUCGGACAGUUUGGUGGGCACAUAUAGCAAAAUAAUGGACCACGAAAAUUCGCUGCACUUUCCACAGGAUGCUGCCGUUAGUCAGAACGCAAAAUCUUUGAUUAAGGGAUUUCUUGCCGAUCGAACAAAGCGACUGGGCCGACACAGUGUUGACGAGAUCAAAUGUCAUCCGUUCUUUCAAAACGAUGUGUGGACAUUCGAAAAUUUGCGCGAAUCGGUUCCACCGGUUGUUCCAGAACUGAGUAGUGAUGAUGAUACUCGAAACUUUGACGAAAUUGAAAGAAAAAAUAGCGUAGAAGCAAAUUUUCCCACUCCUACUACAUUCUCCGGUGAUCAUUUACCUUUCAUCGGCUUCACCUACACUGGUGACUAUCAGCUGCUAUGUGGUGGUGCUCAGGACAAUGUGGACAACAAGACCACAACGUUGAACACAUCACAUCGAAAUCACCAGCGACAUCGAUCGUCCAACAAUGCCGAACUGCUUCGGCUGGAAAAUAUGCUACAGCGUGAACGAAACACGAUCGACAUGCUGGAGAAACAGGAAAGGACACUGCGGCAGCAAAUCGAACUUAUAACGCAACGGGAGACGGAAAUACAAAAUUUGGCCAACAGUUACGAGAAAGAACUUACCAUGCUUAAACACAACUUCCGGGAGAUGCAACGAAAGGCUGAUAGUGAACAAGACGGUCGGCGAAAGACCGAGAAUAUGUUGCUAGAGACUAAGCAACGACUAGAGGAGGAGAAAAGUAAACGGACCCGCGAAAUGAACAACAACCAGCAGUGUAAUGAUAAAAUUAACAUGCUCGAAAAACAGCUCACCGACAUGCAGGAAAAGUACAAGAAUGAAACUGAAAAUAGUCAAAAAUUGAAAAAACAGGUGGCUGAAUUGCGCUUGACAAAAACGGAUACCGAACAAAAGGCUAAUGAUUUGCAGUCGAUGUUGGCGGGCUUGCAAACCGCACGCGAUGUUCUUCAGCAAGAAGUUGCAGAUCUACAGUCACGGUUGGCUCAGGAACGAAAUGCUCGGAUUCAGAUGGCAGAAUUGCACAAGGAAUUGGAAGGCAAAAUUCAUUCUCUCGGUGGUGAUUUGGAGCGUUCGAUUACACGAGAGCAGCAAGCACUAGAGGACAAUCGCAGUUUAACUGACAAGAUUUCUGAGCUGGAGAAGGAAAAUGCUUCAAUCGAAUGUGAGCUCAAGGCGGUCCAGAAUCGGUAUCACCAAGAGGUAAAAGCUCACCAGGAAACGGAAAAAUCCCGCCUGCUCAACAACGAAGAGGCUAACAUGCAGGAGGUUAAAGCGCUUCAAACUAAGUUAAACGAGGAAAAGGUGGCCCGACAGAAGGCCGAACAAAAUUCCCAGGAGAAGGAGCGUCAGAUUUCGAUGCUUUCAGUAGACUAUAGGCAGAUUCAGCAAAGAUUGCAAAAACUCGAAGGCGAAUAUAGACAGGAAUCGGAAAAGGUGCUUGCCCUGCACAGUCAGCUUGAGCAGGAGCAAAACAAAAAGAGCACUCUGCUGUCGGAACUCAGUCUGCAAAGUUCGGAGGUUGCACAUCUAAAGGCGAAAGAAAUGCAGCUAGUGAAGGAAGUGCAACAGUUUCGCGAGACAAAGCGCAAAUACGAAGAAGAUAUUGUUAAAAUUAAAAACGCCCAUAAUGUAGACAUCCUGCAGAUGAAAGAGCUUCAAGAUCAACUUGAAGCCGAGCAGUACUUUUCUCGGCUCUACAAAACUCAGAGCAACGAGGUUCGUGAAGAGUUGGAGGAUAAAUCACGACAAAAUCAAGAACUUGAGGAGGAACGGAGUUCCGUCCUACAUCAGUUGCAGCUCGCAAUGGCGCGAGCUGAUUCGGAAGCUCUUGCUCGUUCGAUAGCCGAAGAAACGGUAGCGGAUCUGGAGAAGGACAAAACAAUGAAGGAGCUCGAGCUGAAGGACCUUGUAACUAAACAUCGAAACGAGCUGUCAACCAAAGAAGCGACCCUCACCUCCCUCAAGGAUCUUGAGACUGAAACGAACAAAAAACUCAACAAUAAAUUGUUUGAGAUUGAUGAUUUAACGCAACAGAAUCGCAAGCUUCAGGACGAACUCGGUCAGCUGAAGAGCGAACAGAGUGAGAUGGAAAAAUUGCGCACAAAACUCAAGACUGAGACAAUGCUGAAGCAGCAGGCAGUCAAUAAGUUGGCCGAAAUCAUGAACCGGAAGGAUAAUAACCUUACUGGAAAACAGAAGAGUAAGGUUAAUUCUACUGCAGAUUUGAGAAAGAAGGAAAAGGAGAACAAACGUCUCCAGCAGGAACUAUCCGUCGAGCGAGCCAAGUACGACGAACUGUGCUUAAAGCACAAUGAAACCAUUAGCCAAUUAUCAAGGGAAAUUGAUAUUAAAACCAAACUUCAGAUGGAGAUUGAAUGCAAAGCAACGGAAAUUGAACACCUGCAGAUGAAGUUAAAUGAAACGGCUUCACUGUCAUCUGCCGACAACGACACUGUAGAGGACAACCAAGACGCGAUAUUCGAAGGAUGGCUAAGCAUACCGAACAAGCAGAACAUUAAACGAUACGGGUGGAAGAAACAAUUUGUGGUUGUUUCGCCCAAGCGGAUUAUUUUCUAUAGUACAGAGGUAGAUAAACAGCAUGCUAUCGAUCCACUGCUUAUCAUCGACCUAAGUAAAGUGUUUCACGUCCGACCAGUCACACAGGGCGACGUCAUUCGGGCCGAUCCCAAAGAAAUUCCAAGAAUAUUUCAAUUAUUAUACGCAGGCGAGGGUGAAGCAAGACGGCCCGAUGAGCAACAGCAGCUGGACGUCAGCUCAUCCAAAGCAGACGAACGGUUCUUGACUUUGCAGUACAAAGGUCAUGAAUUCCUUCAGAUCAGUUACCACAUCCCAACUACGUGCGAUCUGCCAUCAUGUCAAAAGGCGCUAUGGCAUGUAUUCAAAUCUUUGCCUGCCUAUGAGUGUAAAAGAUGUCGUUUCAAGUUACACAAAGAACAUGUGGACAACAACAAUCCACUAGCACCCUGCAAGCUUCAUCAUGAUCCGAAUCAUGCCCGCGAGAUGCUUCUUCUUGCCACUUCCAACGAGGAUCAGAACCGGUGGGUUAGUCGACUGUCGAAGCGUAUCCAGAAGAGUGGGUACAAAGCGAAUUCCACCAACAACCUGGGAGGGGCAGGAGGCAGUACUAGCAGUAACAGCAGUGGUAAUGGUGAGGGGAGUAAAAUAUCUCCCAGUCAAUCGACACGUUCCAAUUACAAGCCGUAUGCUGUGAAUGUGCAACGGUCAGCUACCUUACCGGCGAAUGCAUCUCUGAAGCAGCAACAGUAGAAUUCCUCCAAAGCUGGAUAGCCACAUUGUUUGCUCUUGUAUCUUCAAAAACUUGACAUUAAUUGGAUAAAGAGCGAAAAAAUAGAUGCUGGAAGCUGUUACUACUUUACUACUACUAUUAUAACUGCGUCGGCAACAACUGUUACUACUAAAAUACGUUAGCAUCUAGUGAUAAUCAAGACAAUAACAAACAUCUCCCGACCAACUCUGAAACGCUGACAAAUGCAAAAAAACCAAACAGCAGCUCAAACUUCAUCAGAUAAUAAAAACGAGCUAUUUCAUACUAAGGCAAUCAUUUUGCAUUUAGACAUUUUUGGUACAUUAUUAUCAUAUAACUAGGCUUAUUUUACCAAUUUUUUCGCCAGAUACGACUAAUUUUAAUAUUUCCUAAAACUAAAACAGAAGUCAGAUCGAAACGUUGUCUGUCAACGUUUUUUUUCUGUUUUAGCAACAUGAUCUAAUAUUUUCAAGCACACUAGGUUGAUAUAUUGUUUUUGUAGACGCUUUAUCCUUCAACUGGACAUUCCUGCUAUAUUACAAAUAGCUAUUACUAUUGCAGAUUCUGCACUUUCCAUAUUACUUUCCCUCUGCUUUGGCUAACCUUGACUGACUGACUUAUUCUUAUCCAUUUCUGUUUGGCUCUAGCGCGAUAAAAUGAAUGUUUACUUAAAAUCUUCAUUAACACCAACAAAAACGAUCCAUUUCUGUUUGGCUCUAGCGCGAUAAAAUGAAUGUUUACUUAAAAUCUUCAUUAACACCAACAAAAACGAUCCAUUUCUGUUUGGCUCUAGCGCGAUAAAAUGAAUGUUUACUUAAAAUCUUCAUUAACACCAACAAAAACGACGAUAAUAAGAUAUACUUAGUUGUUCGUAAAUUAUUCGUUUUUAUUAAGAAAAACAAUCAAACUAUUAUCUAAGGAUACAAGUUAGCAUUUGUUCUAGUGUUGUGCAUCGUAUGUUGAUAAGCUGUUAGGGUUCUUAAAUAAUCAAGUAACAAAUGUGGACAAAUAUGGAGUUAUAAUUCCAAUAAUAGAUGGAAAAGUGGGAUACCAGUGCAGCUUUCAUGGGAAGACAAGUGUGCAAAAAGCGGAAACCUACGUGUAUUUGUAGCUAGCAUUUACUUUUUUUUGGGCGAAACUCGUUAAAAAUUGUACAGUAUGUAAUCGUUAUCGUAUAUAUAUUUAAAAGAUUUUUUUUAUUAAACAACUUUUAUAUGUAUAGUGAACAAAUUCCAUUUUACAAAACAAGUGCCUUCGAAACGUAAUUUAAAGAGUAUCUAUAUCUACUAUAUAUCAUUGGAAAAAAAAACUAGCCAACACAAGCAAUGGGCCCACAGUAACGGUGAAACAGGGAACAAUUAACGAGCUAAACGAUAUACACAAUGAUUGUGAACUUUAUAGUUACAUAUUUCCCACUUUUUUAAUCUAACGGCUCAUCGAAUAAAACUUUGUACAUUCUGAACAA